AUGUCGGGAUCUGCUUGUUCUCUUCCCCCUGAAAAGGUCUUCUCCAUUCAGAUUGGCUCCGAUCUCUUUCGCCUGUCGGGUGCCUCCAUCGCCUCCGACGCCCCCUCCUACUUCUCUCGCUUCUUUGAAGAACAAGUACGCGCCAGCGAUGCCUCCAAUUGUCGUACCCUCUAUAUCGACCGCGACCCGGUCACCUUCCGGGAUAUUGCGCGUCAUCUCCAAGAGCUCCCCUCAUACCCCCAUGAACUCGGAUUGACGCACCUAGGCUACCACGUCCGUCCACGCGAUGGACCGCAAUUCGUGAAGCUCUUCGCCGACUCCCAGUUCUACAGCUUGCCCCGGCUGAUGUCCCAACUGUUCGAGUCCGAAAUCUUCAUUCAAAUCGGUGACCGUCACUUCGAAAUCCCUCGUGAUAUAUUCUCGGGCCCUGGCGACUCCCCAAAUUUCUUUACUCUCGGUUUUGGUGCCUUUUUCGCCUCCCCGUCUGAAGUCUUCCCCGGCUUGGAUCGCACCGGUCUCCUCCGUCCACCCGCCAUCACGCCCCCGAGUGUCCCCAAUCGUUCUGCUGAUGUGUUCGCCGAUCUCUUGCAUAUCCUGCGUGGGUACCAGCUGCAUAUUCGAAACGAGGAACACCGCGCAGAGUUACUACGCGAUUGUCGCUACUUCCACCUCCGCGGCGUUGAACAGAAACUCAUCCCCCACAACCUUUCCAUCAAUCCCUUCACCCAGCGACCAGAAGUCACAAUUCGUCUCGAGGAUAUACGACCGUCUGGUAUUCAUUUCUUUCCCGAUAAACCUGCCUCGCCGAUCCUCGGCUUGGUCGGAUACGCUCGUCCCCAUGUCGACGAGAAACCGGCCGAUUUGAUUCUGCAAACUGGAGACGACGCCGCCAUUAUUGAUCGCCGGGGCCCAAUACUCGCAGCGGACUUUUUGGGCAACUUCAAAUCUCGCAUGACCAAUCUGUUACAAGUGGUUGGCAAGAAGAUUGAUCUGCCGGAUCCGCAACAGCUCAGCGGGAUGCCAGUCAAGGUCCGUCUUGGUCGAGAUGUAGAUCUGAACGUCGACGGCGAGAACGAUCCCCAGUUCGCCCUGGUUCUAGCCGGGCUCAAAGACGAUGAGGCUGAGCCUCCCGCUAAGCGCCAACGUUCUGAAACCCCCGCUGGGGCCCGUUGGCUCGUUCGCAACGCGCAGUGGAAACUACAACUGCAGCCGAAUGGCGACAAUGGAUUGGAGCCUGUCCUUUUUGCCAUCAAACUGGACCUCUACACGAGCCAAAGAGUUCAUAAUCGGGCUCGCAAUUUCCUCUGA